CGGCGAGUUAGAUCUUUGAGAAAUCAUGGCUCCGGUUUCGGCACUCGCCAAGUAUAAGCUGGUGUUUCUGGGAGAUCAAUCCGUCGGCAAAACCAGUAUCAUCACUCGAUUCAUGUACGACAAAUUUGACAAUACGUACCAGGCCACAAUUGGUAUUGAUUUUCUAUCAAAGACAAUGUACCUUGAAGAUAGAACGGUCAGACUUCAGUUGUGGGAUACGGCUGGGCAAGAGCGAUUCAGGAGUCUAAUUCCGAGCUAUAUCAGGGAUUCCUCUGUUGCUGUUAUUGUGUAUGAUGUUGCAAGCAGGCAAUCCUUCCUAAACACUACUAAGUGGAUCGAUGAGGUUAGGACAGAGCGUGGUAGUGAUGUCAUAGUUGUGCUUGUGGGAAACAAAACUGACCUUGUGGACAAAAGGCAAGUGUCAAUAGAGGAAGCAGAAGCUAAGGCUCGUGAACUUAAUGUAAUGUUCAUCGAAACCAGUGCCAAAGCGGGCUUCAACAUUAAGGCGCUCUUCCGCAAGAUAGCAGCAGCUUUGCCGGGAAUGGAGACAUUGUCUUCAACAAAGCAAGAGGAUAUGGUUGAUGUCAAUCUCAAGUCUUCCAAUGCAAAUGCAUCUCUCGCUCAGCAGCAAUCAGGAGGAUGCUCUUGUUAGAUUUGGCAGCAACAACAACAACAACAAAUCGAUAGAGACCAACCAAACACACUACUAAAAUCGAAGUCCUCAAGCCUUUGCAUGAUUCGAUCCGUUAUCGUCUUCCAUCUGUAAAAUUUUUGCCUGCUUUUCCAACUUUUUUUCUUCAUCAGAUUGUUUUAAGAAAGACUUUAUUUUAGC